GCACGAACACCAUCUCAUCGCUCUUGCCAUGUUGUAGGAGAGGGUGCAAAAACAUGCUGUAAUUGCAAGGAAGCUCUUUUUCCUUGUUCAAUUUUGGGAAGGUUUUUUUCACUAGAAUUUUGUCAGUGAUGAUGGGUAAUACUUUUAUUGCAGCUGUAUUAUGGAAGAAUUGGGAGCCUGGGCACCUCUGGUGUAGUGGGCACCAGACUGGCUUUGUUGCUCUGAGGUGUCAGGCAGCUGCUGAUGGCACGGCUCGCUUGUGAGCCACGUUCACUCACCUAGCAGAAAACCCACUCCUCCGUCAUUUUCUCUUGGCUUUGGUGCUGGCUGUGGGACUUUCAUCCUUGAGGGAUGAAGCUGUGUUCAGGCUAUGGGCAGGGAGGUGUCCUGACUUGCAUUGGCAGAAGGAGCAAAGCAUCUGCAGAACAUUGUUGAUAUGCCUUAAAGUACAUCUUAUAAAACCCAGGCUGUAAUAGGAGCACUGCCCUGUGGCCUGGCUUGGAUUUGUUCUUGUUAUGUGGUGAGGUGUAGGGACUUGGAAGCACAUCCAUCCCCCCAGAGAUGUGUCUAGCGAUUAAGUGAAUGGAUGUUUAAUUUCAGGCUUACUGUAGAAGAAAUCCUUUCAGAGCGUGAGGCCUCUGAAUGCUGGGCUGAUGGCCCUGGGUGAAACUUUAAUGUCAAGGGAGUGCUUCAGAGCAAAUGAAAACUACUGCGGUGGCAGAAAUCAGUACAGCUAUUGUAUCAUCUCUGCAGCAGUACUUGGAAGACAGUUAGCAGUCCUUUGGAAUGUCUCUGAGAUAAACAAUAAGCAAGUAUGUCACGUGUCAAACUGCAGAGCUUUGGGCAUCUUCUGUUUCAGACACUGAACAAAUUGUUUUCCUUCUGUCCCAUGAACUGCAAAUGGAAUCAGCUGCUUGAAGAAAACUGUUGCUGCUUUGCUGAUGACUUGGUGGAGAGCUGCUCACCUGGGUUGUGUGUGUGGUCCUUAACCAAGUCGAUUAGCACCCAGCUGGAGGGAGACAGGAGGCAGAACCUGGUGGAUGACCUUCUCACACGGCAGAAGCAACUUCAGGCGUCUUACAAGAACGAGGGCCCAGAGCCAGAUGCGGUCAGAUCUAGCCUAAUGGCGGGAGGUGUCAAACGAGGAGUGAGCAACCCAUGGCUCCUGGAGGAGUCUGAGGAAACCAGGGGGCUCGGCUUCGAUGACAUCAGGCAGCAGCAGCGGAGGAUCAUAGAAGAGCAAGAUGCUGGACUUGAUGCUCUUUCUUCAAUCAUAUCCCGGCAAAAGCAAAUGGGACAGGAAAUUGGGAAUGAGCUGGACGAGCAGAACGAGAUCAUUGACGACCUCACGAACCUGGUGGAGAACACGGACGGCAAGCUUCGCACUCAGACGCGGCACGUGAAGAUGGUGGACAAAAAGUCAGCGUCCUGCGGGAUGCUGGUGGUGAUCGUGCUGCUGCUCAUUGCCAUCGCUGUGGUCGCCGUCUGGCCGACGAAGUAGCGGGGGGCCGGUGGAGCCGCAGCUGAGCCCUGCACAGAGCCUGGUGCUGCACAGAGCCCCGAGCAGCCCCGCAGCUCAGCAUGAAGCCACGGCCAGCAGACCUUGUCCCUCCGCUGGGUGCGUGGCUGAGGACGCUCUCCUUGCCUGGCUUUCUCGCGGUGGGAGGACGUGGCCGUGCACCGGGCGCUUCCCCGAGCAGCUCCUCCGCCAGCGCUGACGCCGUGCUCCCCGCUGCCCAUGGGCAGCCCCGCCGUGCCGUGCCCGGGCUCCGUGCGCCCAUCCCGGGGCUGAGAUCUGCCUCCUCCUUUUAUAACUUUAAACUGAAGGGAAGGAUGACUUGUUUAAAGCGAUACCGAGCACGCGCUCGCGGCCAAAAAAAAAAAAGAAAUAAAAUGGUUAUUUUGUUAUCUUUGCCGAUUCGAUUUCAGGCUUGGUAGAGCAAGCAAUAACCACGGAAUAAAGCCGGCCCGUUUCUACUGC